UGAGUCGAAGUUGGUUUUGGAGUACUUAAACUCUGAACAGGUAAACAAAAGGCUCAAGGAAGAAAAACAAAGGUGAUCAGAGAAAAAAAGCGUGCAGAUUCAGAGACAAGGAAAGCAGAAGAGCAGAGAAAGGUUACAGAAACAAAUAAGAAGGCGGCCAUGGAAGAAAGACAUCGUGCGAAUCAGUUAGCUCAGCAAUUAGAAGAUAAUAAGCGAAGAAUAGAGGAACUACAGAAAGAGAUAUUGGAACUUGUGUCCUCUAGAACAUUGGUUGAGGCUCCUGCUGUUCUACCUGAUAAAAAUAUGAAUUCUGAAACUACUAUAAUGAAGCUGCAGAAAAAAAAACUGAAGUUUAAAAAGAAGCAAGUAAAACAUGCAAAAAAAGUUGCUGAGUUUGAAAUAUUUCGUAAUAAUAUACUACAACAAGAACUAUGUUGCUUAAGGCAGGGUUUUGUUCAAUUUUCGCAUCGCCUGGAUGUACUAAAUAACUACUUCUCACAUCGGGGUGAAGACUGGCAACGUCUUUAAUACUCCAAGCUUAAACUUGAGGAGGGAACGCUUCGGUAAAAAGCAGCGCAAUAAUGAGCUUGUAAAGCCUAUUUGCACAGCUAUGGAUGCCUCUGAUUUUAUCAAGCAAACCAUAG